GCUGCAGAUUAGAUCUUAAUAUUCUCUGUGUUCGUUUUUUUUUACUUAAUUCAGUUCUCUCUGUCACUGUUUAAUUUCUGAGCUUAGCAUCGUAUAGUUCGGAUCGAUGAAUGAACGAGGUUCGGGUUUUCAAUUUUCACGGUUCAUUUCUUAAUCUCUAUUUUCUCGGUUACUUCGCUCACGUUGUCUUAAGUAGCUCGAUUUUACUGUUAAAAAAAACUAAAGCAGAAGAUUGCGGGCGAGAAUAAUUGGAUUGCGUUUAUUCCGUAGCUUACUAUAUCUUUUAAUUGUUUUUUCUUUGGCUUUUAAUCGGAACCUUAAUCUUGUUUUUAUUUAUUUAUUAUUUAUUUGAGAAGGACUUAAAUUAAAUAGAUAGGGUGUGUUUCAAUCUGUGCUGCAUGUAAUGCUGUUGAUUGCAAGCUUCACCGUGAUAUGGAUUGUCUUUGUAAUGAUUAACUGUCUGUGCCAGGGAUAUAUUUUCACAUUAUAAAUAUAAAAGUUUACUUGUAUUGAUAUAAUAUAGUAUGAGCAGCAGUGGUCAUGGUGGUUUUGGUCAAUUUGGUUGAGUGUGUUCUUUAGAGUAAAAGAAGGCUAUGAGUGGAAUUAGAGAGGGAAUAUUCUGAGGCUGCAUGUGGUUCUGGUUCUGGCAGUGAUUUGAUCUCUGUGAAUUGAGCGGUGUUUAGAUUUUAAACGAGCAAUGGGAGUGUUUUUGUGGCCUCUGUAUGCUAUUUUGCCUUUUGGUUUCUCUUAAGGAUGUACAGAAGGACUGAAGGACUUUGUAGUGUUUUGUUUUGUUUAUGGAUUUUAUUUUUUCUCUCUUAGAGGACAUUUUGCUUCCCACUUGUUUUUUUUGCCCCAUUCCCUUCUUACAAUAGCAUUUGUUCUGAAUUUUGACAAUCAUGUAUUUGAAAUCCAUUGGUUUUAUUUGUGUACUGUUAGAGAUUUGAAUAAUCUGAGAUGUGGAAGUUGUAAUCAAGUCAAGAGGGCUUUUGGAGAAUUAUUAUAGAUGAAAAAUAGAUGAAUUUUGAUUUUGGUCGCUUUGAUUGGAGAACAAUACUAAAAGCACCUACGGGCAUGAGAUGGAUCGGGAAGAAUAUUUGCGGAAGUGUUCCAAUAUGAAAUGCCAAAGAGUUCAGGUGGAUGAAUCAUUUGUACCUGCUCUUCAAGAUGAAGUAAUGGAAGUUGAGCAUUUGCUUGCAGAACCUAGAAACGUUCAUGCUUCCCUGGAUGGUAGUUUGGAUUCUCAUACAACUUUGAAUGACAAGGAUGAUUUGGAACUGGAGGUCCUUGAUGGAUUGCUGGAUGAUGUUGAAAUUGAUGAUCUUGAAGGAACUGGUGGUUUUGCUGGUGCAUGUGAAGAAUAUUUUUUGGAUUUUGGAUUUGCCGACAAAUUUGAGGAGGUACUAGGCUCAGGUCCUUUUGAAGGUUCACUCUUGCAAAUUUCAAGUUCUGAAAGUCAUUCUUCCGGAUUAAGCGGAAGUAGCAUUGUUGGUGGGGUUUUAGAAUCAACCAAAGUACCUAUUGCAAAAUCUGAAUGCAAAAAUGAUUCUCUAGAUGAGACAAUAACCUAUGAAGCACAUGGUGCCUUCAGGAACAAUCCAAGUCAACCAUCAAAAGUAAAUUGCAGAUACAACAUUUCACUUGAUAUACAACAUCUGCAAGAGUUGGAUAACAAUAGUCAUUUAGCUGCUGGUAUAUUGACUUGUAAGAAGGGAAAAGGUCCUGUUGAAAAAGGCCAACCUGCUGUACUUAGAGAGAAGAGAUUCCGAAAGCCUACCCAGAGGUACAUUGAAGAAUUUUCAAAUUCAAGGUCAAAGGAAAAGGCACCAACUGCUGUUACAAAAACUGAACAUUUAAGUGACUCAUCAUGUGAUGUACUUCAUAUAAGAAUUAAAGCAUUGAAAAAGAGUCCAAGCGAGAAGUCUAGUAAUGAAAAUAGUGAUGUGAUGCUUCCUGAGUUGCAAGUUCGCAAAAGGCGUCUGGAGAAAGAGAAACUUGAGUAUGACAAGGAGUUAUUUCCCUCGGAAUCCGAGGAUGAAUGUUCAACAUCAAAAAGAUCUAGAAGGAAAGAUCGAAGAAAGCAUCAGAAGAUGUGGACUCUCCCUGAAGUGUUGAAGUUGGUUGAAGGCAUAUCUGAAUAUGGAGUUGGUCGAUGGACUGACAUAAAGAGGUUUCUGUUUUCUUCUUCAAGCUACCGAACUCCCAUAGAUCUCAGGGACAAGUGGCGGAACCUUUUGAGAGCCAGUUCUGCACAGAAAACCUCGAGAGAGGCUGAGCAAAAUGACGAGCUUGCCCUGCGUCCCUUGCCAUUUAAUGUGGUACAUCGUGUGCGAGAAUUGGCUAAAAUUCACCCAUACCCAAGGCAACGUGGGUCAAAGAGGUUGCGUGUUAGCCAAGCUGGCUCUUCUAUCAUUGCUAAAGAUUCUCCUCCCCUUAGUCUUAGCAAAAGAAAUGUACGUAGGAAGUUUACUUAGAAGUCCAUAUGUAAAACAAUCCAUGGAAAUCUAUAGUCAAAAGAAUCUUGUUGAAAUUUAGGUAUUACAUUUGCACAAUUUUAUAUCUACAAAGGCACAGAAAUUUUGAAUUGUAAACAUGAGGAAUCAUUAGUUGUCCUACAAUAGUUUGCGAUGCUUAAUGCCUUACA